AUGGACAAGUUCAUCAACGCCGCGUCACAGAAGGCGCAAGAGUACCUGAGCAAGGACGACGACGACAGGAGACCCCAGCAGCAGCAACAGGGCCACGGCCAACCUCUCCCUGGAGGCGAUAAGUCUCACGGAGGCAACUACCCUGCUGGCGGCGGCUUUUUCCCCGAUGAUGACGAUGACGACUACCGUCAGGCCGCCAACGAGGCCUCUCGCCGCGCCGGAUCGAGCGGCGACUCGGACUUGUUUUCGUCUGUUCUCGGAACGUUGACGCAGAAGAAGACGCAGCUUCAGAACGAGGACAUUGAUGAGGAUGAUGCCGUGAAGAAGCACAAGAAGUUUUUCGGAGAUGACGACGACGACGAAAAGGCGGACGACAAGGGUCUCGGCGCCGCUGCCGCCAUGCAGGCCCUCAAGAUGUUCUCGAGCGGCGACACGGGCGGACAGAAGCAGAGCCAGGGCGGUUUCAUGGGUCUCGCCAUGGCCGAGGCCAGCAGGCUUUUUGAUCAGCGUCAGUCCCAGGGCAAGGUUGCCGAGGGCACCAGCAAGGAGUCUGCCAUCCAGCAGGCCGGCGAGAUGGCGCUCAAGAUGUACUUUAAGAGCCAGGGUCAGCAGCAGGGCGGGUUCAUGGGCCUCGCGUCCAAGUUCCUCAAAUAG